AUUUGCAAUUGAGUGAUGUUGAGCUUCAUUUUAUUCGCGUGCCUGUUGUCAUACACAAGUGUAUUGGGUGUUGAUGUGGAUCUGGAUUUGGGACGGGUUCAUGGCGUUGAUCUGACUUCGAGACUGGGGGUCCCGUUUCACGCUUUUCGUGGCAUUCGCUAUGCGGAACCUCCUUUGGGUGAGCUGCGCUUUAAAAAUCCAAAACCCGUUAAGCCAUGGACACCCAAAACCUUCGAUGCUAGUAAGGACGGACCCAUGUGUCCACAGCCAUGGGGAAAUAUGACAGAUGUCUCUGAGGAUUGUCUCCGACUGAAUGUCUACACGAAGAACUUAAAUGAGAACGCCGGACUGCCUGUGAUUGUAUUUAUUCAUCCAGGUGGUUUCUAUGUGUUCUCGGGACAGAGCAAAUACCUUGCUGGACCUGCCCAUUUCAUGGAUCGUGAUUGUGUGCUAGUUACACUCAAUUAUCGUUUGGGAACAUUGGGUUUCCUGGCCACGGACAGCGCAGAUGCUCCUGGCAAUGCAGGACUCAAGGACCAAGUAUUGGCGCUUCGUUGGAUUCAACAGCACAUUCAUCGUUUCGGAGGCAAUCCAAAGUCGGUAACACUUCUGGGAUACAGUGCAGGAAGUUCGAGUAUUGCCCUUCACAUGUUGUCGCCGAUGUCACGAGGUCUUUUCCACCGUGGCAUCUGCAUGAGUGCCUCUCCCUAUGGCAAGUUCAUGUAUAGAACGUCAGACGUGAAUGUGGCACAGCGUCAGGCGCGCUUAUUAAAAUGCCCUGAGACGCCACUUAAGGAUUUAGUUAGCUGCCUACGUGAAAAGCCCAUGUCAGAUAUUGUUAAGUCCUACAAAGGCAUGUUCGAGUUCGGAUGGAAUCCCAUGUCCAACUGGAAUAUAGUCGUAGAAAGGAACCAUGGGCAGGAGCGAUUUCUGGUGGAAGACCCACACAAAACGGCACGUUGUGGGAACUUCUACAAGGUACCUCUUAUCUCGGGCAUAACUGAAUUUGAGCUAAUGACAGGGGCAUUCUUUGAUCUGCGAAAUGAUAGCAUGCGGAGCAUGAUGAACUACGACUGGGAGCGUGUUGCACCCAUUUUAUUGCUCUAUGAACGUAACACGCCCCACUCCAAGCAGGCAAGUGCCGUACUUCGGAAAAAAUAUCUGGGCGAUGGCCAGUUUGAAAAUCCUGGAUCAUUGCAAGCACUCGGAAGACUCUAUAGCGAUGCAGUCGUAGGAGUCGAAUAUAAUCGUUUCAUGCGUCUCAUGGCUCGUCACACACGAAUAUACACUUACUAUUUCCGUUAUAAAGGACGCUACAGUUUCCUAAAAGAUCCGAAAACCAAUAAAACAAUGGGCGCGGUGCAUCACGAUGAGCUAUUAUAUUUGUUUCAUGUGCCAAUCAUUUCCCCACUCUUUAAAAGAACCGAUCCUGAGAAUACGACUAUUGAACGACUUACGCGCAUGUGGACGCGAUUCGCCUUAAAUGGAAAUCCUAACAAUGCAGCUGAUGAAUACUUGCGCGAUUUAAAGUGGCCAAUAUAUAAUCCCAAUCAACCAAAAUAUUUGGAAAUCGAUGAAAACCUGACGAUCAAAAGGGGAAAAAUUAAUGAGCAACGCUACAAUAUCUGGAACAAGUUGUUUCCCAUUCCUAAUUAAAAUCAAACCGACU